GGGUGCAGAGAAAGGGGCGGACUAAUUGAAUUAAUUUGGACAUUGCUCAGGUAGUUGAGAACAUAUUUUGAAGCAAUCUUACAUAUCGUCACCUGAAAUGCAAAAUAACGUAUCAUCAAAAAAUUCGAAAUUGAGUGUCUUAUUGAUUACGCUUCACUACAUCAAAUUAUAUACGUAAUAUUAAAUAUGUUCAACAUUUUCUGAUUCUGCGGUCAUAUAUAAACCAGUUUUAACCAAUAUUAAUAUUUUGUUUCACUCAUGUUCCAUUUUAUUCCGUGUUUCAUUCAUGCCACUGUAAAUUUCUGAAAAUGUUGUUACGUUAAUUUGCAUUUCAGGUGACGAUAUACAAGUAUGUAACUCACACACUGAACAUAAGGCUUCUUAGAAAAACAAAAAAAAAUUGAUGUACUAUAUGCGUGUGAGGGAAAUUUGAACAUUUUAUAUUAUGUGUGUGUACACAAUAUUUGGGAGGACGUAUGGAAUCGAUGUUAUCUAUAAUCAAUACGGAUGUUCGAAAAUCGUGGUAUUAAUUAUAUGGGGCCUAAGGCAAGUUUUCACCUCUUUUAGCAAUUUUAGGCAGAAAGAUACAUUAGGGGUAUUCGGGAUCUGUUGUAUUUGCCAUUGUAUUUUUGUAUUCGUGGUUUCUGUGGUUUUUAUAGUAAAUGUAGUAAAAAUCCAACAACAAAAUAUACAUACCAUUCAAAUACAACAGUGUAAGAAAAUACAAUAGUGCGACCCUAUUGUAAUUGUGGUUUUUGUUUUGUACAUUUCUCACAGCUGAUCACAAUUAAAAAGAUGGCUGAAAUGAUGGACGCUGUAAGUUUUUAUUGCUAAGCUUAUUUUUAAAUAUUUUAAUAAAAAGUCUAUUUUACAGAAGUUAAAAAAGGAUAAAAUAAGGCGGCGGGAAAAACCGAAUAAGAAAUGGACAGAAGAAGAAGUGGGCCAAGUACUUAACUAUUUGCAGGAGCAUCCGUCGUUUGAAAUGCCUUCUGCACAAAUUUUUUACAAAAAAUUACUAUUGGAAACAGGAAUCUCAGCAGAUUGGAAUUUAGUUCGGUGGAAAGUACGCAACAUGCGCACCGCAUACAACAAAGCAGAGCAGUGGAGAAAUGGGACAGGCGCCGGCCUGUUAGAGGAACAAGGUAUCGAAAGUAUUGAUCAAAAACUGAGCAAGAUGUGUCCCCAUUAUAAGCGAUUGCAGAGCAUAUUUUUUAAGAGCAAAUCGGCAGACUCGACACAGUACGUGUUCCAGUCCGAAGAUGGUACAACUAAUCAUGGUGAAUGUGAAAUUAUUCAGCAGAGCGAAUAUGACAGUGGUAGUAUGUUCGUUGACGAAAUUGCGACAACGACUGAAAGCGAACAUGAUAAUUUAUUUUAUACGUUGCCGAAUGAUAUAGAAAUUGCAACACCAGUUUCUUCUAAACGAGCUCAAAAUAUAAAUGACAACAAGGCAGUAGAAUUCGCUGAAAAGAUGAGGAAAUCGGCACCGAAAACAGCAAUUAGCAAAUUAUCUGCACUACAAUCGGAAAGAAAUGAGCUACAAAUGCAACGCUUAGAAUUAGAAAAGGAGAAACACAGAGACUACAUGGAAAGGGAGGAAAUACGGAUAAGUAUAGAAAAGGAAAAGUUUGUUUUGGAAAAAGAAAGACACGAGAAAAUGUUUGAGCUGGAAAAAGAAAAAUUAGCCAUAGAAAAAGAGAACAAUAAGGAUAAAUUAAAAAUUUUGACUAUGGAGCUGGAGAUGAAGGAGCGACUAGCACGUUAUGAGUUAGAACUAAAAUACAAACAGUAA